AUGGGAGAAUCUUUGCUUUGCUUCAGAAGGCCUACCUUUGUGAAUGCUCGAGUCAUAGGUAUUGUGAGUCAAGUUAAGGAUGGUGAUAAUCCUGCUUCUCUGAUCUUGGCAGAAACUUUUUUAGGACUGGAUUCUGUAUUUAUUGGGGGAGAGUCACAACACUUUCUUGGAAGUCCCUUGACUUUGCAGAUAUGGUUGAUGGAAAGACUGAACAUGAUUGCUACACCUACUACUGCUAAUUAUGGUCCUAGCAAUUUUCUCAGUAGGGCUAUCCUCAAAAUCGAGUGUCAAACUGAAAGCAAUUGGGGAAUGCCCGGUAGAAGAGAAAGAAAACCUUUUACUGCUGUGGACACAAAUCCUACUUCUGUGAGGAACAUGCUGUUGGGCUUGGACAUGGCUAACCUAGUGGAUCAAUCUUUUGUUAAGGUUCACUUUCAUAGGAUGACCAUGGAAUAUUCUAACUGGCUGGUAAACAAAAUUACGGGUAAAGAGGCUAACAUGGCUUCUAUGAGAAAACAAUUUCUUAAAGAUAACCAAGAGAAAAAGAAGGCUAACAAUUAUGAGUUCAAGAGGAGGGACAAAGAUGACAAAAUUUUGGGUUUUUUUGUCUUGGCAAUAACUUUGAAACUUGGUUAUCACCCAGACUCUAUUACUCUAAACACCCUUGUCAGGGGGCUUUGUCUUCAAGGUAACAUUGUUGGAGCUGUGAGGUUGGCAGAAGAAAUGGAGAAGAAUGGGUAUAAGCCUGAUGCAUUUACUUGUGGAACAAUACUGAAUGGUCUGUGUAAGAUUGGACAGACUAGUAUGACUAUUAGGUUGCUUAGGAAGAUGGAAGAAGGGAAUUUUGAGCUUGAUUUGCCAGCGUAUAACACAAUCAUUGAUAGUUUAUGUAAAAAUAGAUUGGUAACUGAGGCUUUGAACCUUUUAUCUGAAAUGAUGAGUAAAGGCAUUCAGCCGAACCUUGUCACUUACAAUUCCUUAAUUCAAGGUCUAUGCAAUUUUGGCCGGUGGAGAGAGGCUACUACUUUGUUGAAUGAGAUGGCGCGAAGGAAGAUCAUGCCUAAUGUGUAUACCUUCACUAUAUUGGUUGACACACAUUGCAAAGAGGGAAUGCUGAUAGAGGCAAAAGAAGUUUUUGAUGUGAUGAUUGAAAGAGGAAUCAUGCCUGACACAAUCGCUUACAAUUCUCUAACUGAUGGUUACUGUUUGCAAAGCAAAAUCGAUGAUGUAGUCAAAACAAUUAAUAUGAUGGAUGAUAGGGGUUGUUCAUUUGAUGUGUUUAGCUAUAACAUAUUAAUCAAUGGAUUUUGCAAAAAUAAAAGAAUUGAUGAAGCAAGGAGUCUCUUUGAUGAAAUGUCGAACAAGGGAGUGGCUUCCAACAUUGUGACUUAUAACACUCUUAUAGGUGGGUUUUGUCUAGUGGAGAGACCCCAGGUUGCACUAGACCUAUUUCAUAAGAUGCAGGCAUGUGGCCAACUUCCAAAUCCCCAAACCUAUGUUAUCUUGUUGGAUGGCCUUUGUAAGAACAAAAAAAUUGGGGACGCAAUGGCAUUGUUUCAAGACAUGGAAGACAAAACACUGGGCAACGAUAUUGUGAUUUACAACAUAUUGAUUGAUGGUUUGUGUAAUGUCGGGAAACUUACAGCUGCAAGAGAACUCUUUUAUAGUCUACUUGCAAAAGGAUUACAACCCAAUGUUCAGACUUACAAUAUAAUGAUCAAAGUUUUUGCAAAGAGGGGCUAA